AUGUAUCUAUCUAUCUAUCUAUCUAUCUAUCUAUCUAUCUAUCUAUCUCAAUCAGUCAGUCAAUCCAUCUAUCUAUCUCUUUCUCUCUACAUCUAUCUAUCUCUUUCUCUGUAUAUCUAUCUAUCUAUCUAUCUAUCUAUCAUUAACCACUUCUUCCUUACUUUUGGAUAUUGCAUUUUAUACGCACUUUUUUCUUUCUUUCUUUCUUUCUUUCUUUCUUUCUUUCUUUCUAUUAAAAACCACUUUUUCUUUCUCUAUAUUCAAUUGUUCAUAAUACGAAAGCGCUCAGAGCGCUCUUUCUUUCUUUCUUUCUUUCUUUCUUUCUUUCUAUUUAACCACCCAUAUCUAUCAAAAACCCUCAGCUUUUUCCUUUCUCUCUAUUCAACUGUACAUAAUACGGAAGUGCUCUUUCAUUCUUUCUCUCUGUCUUUCUUUAUCUCUUUCUCUCGUUUUCUCUAUUUAAUCACCCUCUUCUAUAAAAAAAGCCGUCAACUUUAUAUUCAACUGUCCAUAAUACGAAAUUUCUUUUUCUUUCUUUCUUUCUUUCUUUCUUUCUUUUCAAUUGUUCUAUACGCAAAAUUGAUUCUUUCUUUCUUUUUCUUUCUUUCUUUUUUCUUUCUUUUAUUCGGUGAUAAUUUCUUUCUUUCUUUCUUGCUUUCUUUCUUUCUUUCUUUUAUUCAUGAUUCUUUCUUUCUUUUUUUAUUCAGUGAUUCUUUCUUUCUUUCUGUCUUUCUUUCUUUCUUUCUUUCUUUCUUUCUUUCAAUUUCCCCGACCGUCUUUUUUUUUAUUUUCAUUCGCUUGCCAUUCUUUUUCUUUCUUCUUUUAUUCAGCAUUAUUUCUGGCCUAUUCUUUCUCCUAGAAGAUUCAUCGUUUUCUCGCUUACACCCUAUCUUCUUCCAACACUUCUCUCAAACUCCAUUUUGUCCUUUUUUGACUCGGUUUGAAGUCAACUUCCGUCUUUAUUUCCAAUAUUUUCUCCUUUUCUAUUUCUCACUUUAUUUUAACGUUAAACUUUCGCUUCACCUGCCUUUGAUUUUAAGUAUAUCGCUUGUAUAUCCACCUUGUUUAUAUCGCAUUCUUUUUUCUCUUUCCCCUGAUUUGAAGUCUGCAUUAUCCUCUCUGUUUUCACUUUCCCCCAUUUUUUUCCCAGUCUUUCUUUCCGCUGUCUUUCAUUUUCUCUUUCUUCAGUUUAUCUUGCUGCCAAAUUUUGUCUUUUCUUGCUAUCUGUUUAUCUUUCUCGUCUGUGUCGAAAUUGAAAAUAGAUUUAAGCCAGAGAAAUAG